AUGGAGUCGACUUGUGUCAAAACGGCCAAAUACAACUUCCUAGCUCGUCUAGUCAGGCAUACCAACGUCAACGGCAUUGGACACAGUUCUUCAAUCUUUUCCGUCAUCAUCAUUGCCACCCUCAUCGUCCUUAUUGUCCUCGGUCUCAACUUCAUCAUCAUUAUCGACAACGACCUUUCUCACCCAGACAUCGACAACAAUAUCAACAUCUUCGACAAGCAUGCCCGAUACCUCUUCAAGUACCUCGGGAACAUCCAGUCUGCCCUCUAUUUCAUCCACCAUCAACUCAAGCCCCUCAAGUACCGCUACUUCGGGUUCCUCGUCCAGCAGCUCAAGCACGACUAUUUCGCCAUCAAUGAGCAACCCAAGCUCGUCAACUACCGCUAG